UAAGUCGCCUUUGACCCGUUCGAACCAAUCAACUGGAACGAAGAUCACAUGGGUCGUGGUUUCGCCCUGGAUCGACGGUACCACCUGGGGGAGGAGGAGGAGAGGCCUGAUACUAUAGGACUAUUUGUAUUUAUAGUAUUAUAUGGAUAAUUUGAAAGUAUGGGUAGCAUAAUUGGAGGGGCGAUAUUGAUUGGCAUUGUGGCAUUCAUUGUCGCUAACCUAGACUUCUGGAUACCACCAGUAGAUCUGGAAGCAGAUGAAACCUACCUCUCCACAGGUGUUCUGGAAGUCAUCGGUGAAACAAAAUUGGAUACCCUAACUUUCCUAGAACCAAAGAGGAAGCAGUUUAAGGCCAAAGAUUUGUGGAAAGAUUCUGGGGCUGUUGUAAUGGUUGUUAGGCGGCCUGGAUGAUCUUUGUGCAAGGAGGAGGCUCUUGAGCUGUCCUCCCUCAAACCAGAGCUGGAUGCUCUUGGUGUACCCUUGUAUGCUGUGGUGCAUGAGACACUAGGCUACAGAGAUUUUAUACCAUUCAUAAAGGGUGAAAUCUUUUUAGACAGACAGAAACAUUUCUAUGGGCCAAAUCCUGAGCAGAGAAAGAUGUAUUUUGGGGGUCUGUUACGCAUCAGCGCCUACACAUCAGGUUGGAGAUCCUACCAAAAGGGUGUCCCUCUCAAUCUUAAAGGUGAUGGAUGGACUCUAGGGGGUGUGUUUGUAAUAGGAUCUGGAAACCAGGGAGUGUUGCUGGAUCACCGAGAUAAAGAUUUUGGUGAUUUUUCAAAUAAAACUCAAGUUUUAGAAGCAGCAAAGAAAAUUAUUACAACUAAGAAAGGUGCAUAAACUACAAGCUAAAAAUACCAAAAAUGUUGCAAUCUUGUUGUAAAUCACAUUAUAUAAUUUAUAUAAAGUUUUAUUUAAAUCAACACCUUAAUAUAAAUUCAUUACUUAAAAAUAAUAAUUUAAUUACUGUAAAUUAAUUAUUAAAUCAUAUGCAGUAUUGCUGUAAGUUAUGUAAUACCACCAUGGAGGAAUUUGUUAGUAUGGUAAUGCCAUUGAAAUAUUGUUUGAUUUAGAUAAAAUUCAACUUACAGAUUGUUAAAUAAUGUAUUGUUAAAUAAUGAAUGUAAAAUUAGAUCGACUUAGAAAUUAUUGGACUUAAAAAUUAAAAAAUUAAAAUAAGAUAUAAGUAAGAUUAUAUUAUUUGGUACAGAAAAUCAUGUUUGUAUUGUCAGCAAAAAUAUUGAAUGGAUUAAUGAUGUGGUAAGCUUAAACACUAGAGGCUUAGCAUGGAUAGCAGUCUUGUAUCAUUUUUGCCGAGAGUACUUACAAUUUUGAUGUCAAAAUAAAAUAUUAAAAGUAGAA